GCGUCUCCUCUCCAGCCGGCCGCUGCGCUCCGCCGCGCGGAGUAGAAUGAACUGUAACAAAACAAGCAGAGCCUUUGUAUCUGCUUAAAGGGGCCGCGGCCACUUCCCUCGCGUCCCCUCACCCCCGCCCCGCGCCGCCGCGUCUCCAGGGCUCCCGGCAACUAGCUUAGAAAGGGCUUCCCUCGCGCUGAGGAGCGGCCGGCCGGCGCGGCGCGUGUGGAGCAAGCCGCGGAGCGGAGAGCGGGCCCGGGCGGCGCCGGAGUGGACUCUGGUCCCGGUAGCGCGGUCGGCGCCGGAACGCGGACCGGGAGGCACCGGAAUGCAAACAAAGCUCGCGGGCGCCCGUGCAGGGCUCUCCACGGAGCCCGGAAAGUUUGUUUUAUGAUGGCUUGAGAGCGCGAGAGUGUCGGGCGAGGAGGCUCGAGUAGCUCGCUCCCGCGCUCCGAGAGAUGCUUCUCCCGUGAGCCCGCCGCUCCGGGGGCUCGUGCUUUGGGGGCACCUGUCUCUUCGUUUUAGCAGUUUUCUUUUUCUUUUUUUAAUUUUAAUUUUUCUUUUUGAGGAGGGGCUGUAACUCAUCAUGUCGAAAGUGAUCCAGAAGAAGAACCACUGGACUGGCCGCGUUCACGAGUGCACUGUGAAGCGGGGACCCCAGGGCGAGCUGGGGUUGACGGUGCUGGGGGGCGCGGAGCAUGGGGAGUUUCCGUACGUGGGGGCUGUGGCGGCGGCCGAGGCGGCGGGGCUUGCCGGCGGUGGCGAGGGGCCGAAGCUGGCCGAAGGUGAGCUGCUGCUGGAGGUGCAGGGGGUCCGGGUGUCCGGCUUGCCCCGCUAUGACGUGCUGGGAGUCAUCGACAGCUGCAAGGAGGCCGUCACCUUCAAAGCCGUCAGACAAGGAGGAAGGCUCAACAAGGACCUGCGACAUUUCCUCAACCAACGGUUCCAGAAGGGGUCUCCAGAUCAUGAGCUCCAGCAGACCAUAAGGGACAACCUCUACCGCCAUGCUGUGCCUUGCACAACCCGAUCUCCCAGAGAAGGAGAAGUGCCUGGCGUGGAUUACAGCUUUCUGACUGUGAAGGAGUUCUUGGACCUUGAGCAGAGUGGGACCCUGUUGGAAGUUGGCACCUAUGAAGGAAACUAUUAUGGGACACCCAAACCUCCCAGCCAGCCAGUCAGUGGGAAAGUGAUCACGACGGAUGCCUUGCACAGCCUGCGGUCUGGCUCCAAGCAGUCGACCCCUAAGCGAACAAAGUCCUACAAUGAUAUGCAAAAUGCUGGCAUAGUCCACGCGGAGAAUGAGGAGGAGGAGGAUGUUCCUGAAAUGAACAGUAGCUUUACAGCCGACUCUGGAGACCAGGACGAGCACACUCUCCAAGAAGCGACGCUCCCGCCUGUGAAUAGUAGCAUCCUCGCUGCUCCCAUCACGGACCCUUCUCAGAAGUUCCCUCAGUACCUACCUCUUUCUGCAGAGGAUAAUUUAGGUCCUCUACCUGAAAACUGGGAGAUGGCCUAUACUGAAAAUGGAGAAGUCUAUUUUAUAGACCACAACACGAAAACAACAUCAUGGUUAGACCCUCGGUGCCUGAACAAACAGCAGAAGCCUCUGGAAGAAUGUGAAGAUGAUGAAGGGGUACACACCGAGGAGCUGGACAGUGAACUAGAGUUGCCUGCUGGCUGGGAAAAGAUUGAAGACCCUGUCUAUGGUGUCUACUAUGUAGACCACAUCAACAGGAAGACGCAAUAUGAAAACCCGGUCCUAGAAGCCAAAAGGAAGAAGCAGCUUGAACAGCAGCAACAGCAGCAGCAGCAGCAGCCUCAGCCACCACAGCCAGAAGAGUGGACGGAAGAUCAUGCAUCUGUUAUGCCUCCUGUUGCUCCUUCCCAUCCCCAGAGCAAUCCGGAGCCAGCCAGGGAAGCUCCACUUCAGGGCAAACCUUUUUUUACAAGAAACCCUUCUGAGUUGAAAGGCAAGUUCAUUCACACAAAGCUACGGAAAAGCAGUCGAGGCUUUGGCUUCACGGUGGUUGGAGGGGACGAGCCUGAUGAGUUCCUGCAGAUCAAGAGCCUCGUCCUGGAUGGUCCUGCUGCACUGGAUGGCAAGAUGGAGACAGGGGAUGUAAUUGUCAGUGUGAAUGAUACCUGUGUUUUGGGACACACACAUGCUCAAGUUGUGAAAAUAUUCCAGUCCAUUCCCAUUGGUGCCAGUGUGGACCUUGAACUCUGCAGAGGUUACCCAUUGCCUUUUGACCCGGAUGACCCUAAUACAAGCCUAGUGACCUCGGUGGCCAUUUUGGACAAAGAACCAAUUAUUGUAAAUGGACAAGAGACCUAUGAUUCACCAGCGAGCCACAGUAGUAAAACAGGCCAAGCCAGCAGCAUGAAGGAUGCCAGGCCAAGCAGCCCGGCGGACGUGGCUUCCAACAGUCCUCACGGUUAUCCCAACGACACAGUCUCCUUGGCUUCCUCCAUAGCUACCCAGCCAGAGCUCAUAACUGUCCACAUAGUCAAAGGGCCAAUGGGAUUUGGCUUUACGAUUGCAGAUAGUCCCGGUGGGGGUGGCCAAAGAGUGAAACAGAUUGUUGACAGUCCGCGCUGCAGAGGCCUCAAAGAAGGGGAUCUUAUCGUGGAGGUGAAUAAGAAGAACGUGCAGGCCCUGACACACAAUCAAGUCGUGGAUAUGCUGAUUGAGUGUCCGAAGGGAAGUGAGGUCACGCUGUUGGUGCAGCGAGGAGGGCUACCAGUUCCCAAGAAGAGUCCAAAGUCGCAGCCACUGGAGAGGAAAGACAGCCAGAACAGCUCCCAGCACAGCGUCUCCAGCCACCGGAGCCUGCACACUGCAUCCCCAAGCCACGGCACUCAGGUGCUCUCUGAGUACUCACCCGCAGACGCCCCUGCUCCAGAUCAGACGGACAGCUCUGGGCAGAAAAAGCCAGAUCCUUUUAAAAUCUGGGCCCAGUCCAGGAGCAUGUAUGAAAACCGACCUAUGUCACCUUCGCCUGCAUCAGGAUUGAGCAAGGGUGAAAGAGACAGAGAAAUCAAUUCCACGAAUUUUGGAGAAUGUCAGAUUCCAGAUUACCAGGAACAAGACAUCUUCCUCUGGAGAAAAGAGACCGGAUUUGGAUUUAGGAUUCUGGGUGGAAAUGAGCCAGGGGAACCCAUUUAUAUCGGUCACAUCGUACCACUGGGUGCUGCUGACACAGACGGCCGCCUGAGGUCUGGAGAUGAAUUAAUCUGUGUGGAUGGGACACCAGUAAUUGGGAAAUCACACCAGCUCGUGGUCCAGCUUAUGCAGCAAGCUGCCAAGCAAGGCCAUGUCAAUCUCACAGUGAGGCGUAAAGUGGUGUUUGCUGUCCCCAAAGCAGAAAAUGAGAUGCCCUCACCAGCCUCAUCACACCACAGUAGCAACCAGCCCGCAUCUCUGACGGAAGAGAAGCGCACACCACAGGGCAGCCAGAACUCGCUGAACACCGUGAGCUCUGGUAGCGGCAGCACCAGCGGCAUUGGCAGUGGUGGUGGCGGGGGCAGCGGUGUGGUGAGCACUGUCCUGCAGCCCUAUGAUGUGGAGAUUCGGCGUGGGGAGAACGAGGGCUUUGGGUUUGUCAUCGUGUCCUCUGUGAGCAGGCCUGAAGCGGGCACAACCUUCGCAGGCAAUGCAUGCGUGGCUAUGCCUCACAAAAUAGGUCGGAUUAUUGAGGGGAGCCCUGCUGACCGCUGUGGCAAGCUGAAAGUAGGAGACCGGAUCUUGGCAGUAAAUGGAUGUUCCAUCACCAACAAAUCCCAUUCUGACAUUGUCAACCUAAUCAAAGAAGCGGGCAACACAGUGACUCUCCGCAUCAUCCCCGGGGAUGAGUCCUCAAAUGCCACACUGCUGACUAAUGCGGAGAAGAUUGCCACCAUCACCACCACUCAUGCACCCUCUCAGCAGGGGACCCAGGAAACAAGGACCACCACCAAACCAAAGCAGGAUUCUCAGUUUGAGUUCAAAGGACCUCAGGCUGCACAGGAGCAAGAUUUUUACACUGUGGAACUGGAAAGAGGAGCCAAGGGAUUUGGCUUUAGCCUUCGAGGAGGGCGAGAAUAUAAUAUGGAUCUUUAUGUUCUGCGCUUAGCAGAGGAUGGUCCUGCGGAAAGAUGUGGAAAGAUGAGGAUUGGCGAUGAAAUUCUAGAGAUCAAUGGUGAGACCACCAAAAACAUGAAACACUCUCGGGCCAUAGAACUGAUCAAGAAUGGCGGCCGCAGGGUCCGCCUGUUUCUGCGGCGGGGAGACGGCUCGGUCCCAGAAUAUGCGAUGAUCCCUCCUAAUAUCGCUGCAUGUAUGAGAAAUGAAAAGCUCGGGGAGGCUUGCUUCUACCUUAUGGGCCAUAAUCAAACUACGACCCCAGCAGCGACAGGAACGGCCCCUCCACCGGUGCACAAAGUGUUCCGGAAAUGAGGCCGGGGCCACCAGACCACAGACCGCAUCCAGCCUUGGAGUCCAGUUACCCACCCGAUCUUCACAAAUCAUCACAACAUGCCGAAAAGCGAGCACACGCGAAGGAUCCAAAAGGCAACAGGGAGUACAGCAAACAACCCAACGAGCAUCAUACCUGGAAUGGAACUUCUAGAAAACCUGACAGUGGGGCAAGUCGACCCAAAGACCGGCCACCCGACGCAUGGAGAGAGGCGCAGCCAGAGCGGACAGCCACCAAUGGCCCAAAGAGGAGGUCUCCAGAGAAGCGCAGGGAAGGCACCCGCAGCGCGGACACAACUUUGGAAAGAAGGGAGAAGCAUGAGAAGAGAAGAGAGAUGUCUCCUGAGAGGAAGCGAGAGCGUUCACCUACCCGGAGAAAAGACAGCUCCCCGAGCCGCCGGCGGAGGUCCCUCGAAAGACUCCUGGAUCAAAGACGGUCCCCAGAGCGCAGAAGAGGGGGCUCGCCCGAAAGGAGAGCCAAGUCCACCGACAGGAGGAGGGCCAGGUCCCCUGAGCGCAGGCGAGAGCGGUCACUGGACAAAAGGAACCGGGAUGACAAGGUUGGCCACCGAGAAAGAGAAGAGGCUGGUCUGAAGCUGGAAGCGGGGAGAAGCCCCAGAAAUCCCCCAGAGCCAAGAAGGCGGCCUUACAAAGAAUGUAGCACCGACCUCAGCAUCUGAGACUCAUAGCGUCGCAACCUUUACCAUGUCAAAGGUUCUAAGAGGAAGGUCGCAAAAUAAAAUCAUUUAGUUUCUUACCAGAGGAAGCAUCUGACACCUGAUAGUCCUAAGAAUAGUAACGGACAUUUUAUGCAUCUGAAAUCUUAUAAGGAAAAAAUAUAUAUGAAAAGUCUUGUGCCUGAUGUAUAAUAUUAAAGAAAGUAUUUUUAAAUGCAUACUUUUUUUUUUUUUUGAAAAUUAUUUGCCAAAAUACUGGCCCAAAGGGAUCUACAUUUUGUUUCUUCACAAGCUAUAGAGUUGUUCCUUCUUUGGGGCAAGCUCUUUCUCUCCUAGAUAAACUGGGCUGUUGUUGGUCAUGUCCUAUAAGUAAAUGCAAUUAAAUUUAACUCAAUAUAAACUGUUCUGAAGUGAUGUAGUGUUGUACUGUAAACCCCUGUUUUUCUGAAAAGCAGAACGCAAAAAGACAAACUCGUACAGACUGAGGACCUUUUAGGAUGGAUUAGGGUGGCCAGUGAGCCUAAAAUUCAGCAGACUAUGCGACAAGAAUACUACUGCGAAUGAAGGAUAUUUAUGACUACAGUGCACAGCACUAAGAAACCUUAUGAUCUUGAGUUAUAGUUGCUAUAGUCAAAGAAUGGUUUGUGCUCUCCCUGGCCCAGGAAGGUGCAGAAACAAGAAGGUUGGCUCUUGUUAACCAAACCCAGCCUUAGCUCAGAUGGUUUAGGUUCAUAAGACCCAGCCACAGAAUGAAUACAUCUCACCUGCAACAGUGCCCAUUGCAAAGUCAGCCUCUGGAUAGAACAGACAAGCUCUUUCUGGGUGGUCUGGUCCAGUAUGAAGCUGAAUAGAUAGAAUGUAGGACCCCAUGCCUCUGGGAUGAGGGAGAUGUAUGUAAACGUCUCCAACAUGGAAAGAGUCCCCUCCCCCACUGUUUAGCAUAGCUUCUGCUUGCCUUGUGUCCAGUGGGAGCAGAGAAGUGAUCUUUGGUGGAGGAAACCUCUGUCACGAUAUUUUAAAACUAUUGGGGCUGCAUAUUCCGAGAAUAGUUGAUCAUGCACUUUGAAACCAUAAUCCAAGUUGCAAGGAUUGAGUGAAACGUGAUGAUGCUGGUGGGUCUUGAUCUGCCUGCUGGGAAAUGUCCCCUUCUGUUUGGGGACAGCAAAGGAAAAUGUAAUAGUUGUUCUUGCUAAAAUAGACCCAUUUUCUGAACCCUCAGAAGGUGUGGCUGGGUCAGCUGUAGCCCUGAGAAGUGGUUUAAAUGGAUUACUGCCUAGCUGAGCCAAAGUGUUUGCUUGUACCUGUUUGGACCAUGACAGCAAACCCUGCUGACAGAGCAUUUGUAUUUCUGUAGUACUGUUUUCAUUUGCCAUUCAGACACAAAACUUUGCAAGUCAAUCACUGUUGUUCCUGUGGUACUGUAAUAAGGGAGAGGGCAAAAAAAGAGAAAACACAAAAAAAAAAUAGAAAAGAAAACCAGCCAAUCAUUGUAUGUAGAGUUUAAAAUUGUAAUUAGUAGAGCCUGUUUGGAAAAAAAAUAAAACAACUGUUGCCUUUUAUUGUAUAAAAGAGAAUUUAUGACAGAAGUCUAGCUGUGGGGAAUGUGACAUGUAUCUAUAUUUCUGAAUAUGAACAGAUUGAUUCAUGAGGGUAUACUUUAUUGUAAACUAAAUCAGGUAUGUAAAGGUUGUUUUAAAAUGGAACAUUAUAUAAGUAACCACUACAGCUUUAGUUUGUUGGGGCUAUCUUUUCCCCAUGGAGAGACUGCUCAUGAAUAAUCAAGCAUUCAUUUGCAUUCUCUGUUCUUCAUUUAUUUCUUGCUUUAACUCUCUCUCUGUGUUGAUGAAAAGCAAUGUGUGGGCCAACCUUUUUAUAAAACACUAUGCACAUAUAAAUAUUACAUUGUUCAUAGCUUUUUUUUGACUUGGGGUUUAUAUAUAACAUUACACCAAGUAGUUAUAGUUACGUAGACAUUUCUCCAAGUGCUUCUCCUGAAUCAAACACAAUAUACAUGCAAUAGCUCACGUGGGCAGAAAGUCUGUGAUUGCUACUUCUAUUAUUGGAGUUUACCCUGCAAAUCGUACACUGACAAUAGUAUUAAUACUGAGGAAGACUUCUACUGAGUGGUGAUGUUUAUUUCAUCCAGUUGCCUGAGAGCCAGCUUGGAGGUGUUGCUUUUGAGGCUCUGUAGCUAGGAUUUUUCUCACUAGUUCUAGCACAGCCCAUGAUGUUAACUCAUGGAUUCAUUCUCUUGCUCGUGGCCUAUGGGUUUUAAACAGGUAAAAGAAAACAAAAUCAAGGCUGAUUUUUGGAGUGCAUCCUGAAGUUAACAUCACAAUAUGUGUCUCAGUUUAAGAAAUGGUAUAGGGCAUUUAAAGUCAGUGCUGCCCAACUGAGCCUGGCUCAGUAUCUGAGGACUUUUGCUGUGACAAUUUCACCUUAAAUUCCGUACAUGAGAUUUGGGUUGAAAGUAUUGCACUGUACGGGAAACUACUUCUGCUAAGCGGAAAUCUAGAAUUCUCUUCAAUCUACUGUAACCUAUAUUGGAAACUGAUACUUGUGAGGCUAUUUCCCCAACCUUUCACUUCCCAUAAGAGUGCUGAUGAGGGGUGGGUAUUCUGUAUGAUUAAAUCAAACAACUUAAGAUUACCCAGCCCCCAUGACACAACCAAUGCCUGAAAGAAUGUUCAGGGGGUAGAAGGGGGAGUCAAAAUCGUACUUGUAUUUUUUAAGUUUCUUUGGUGAAAGAUUUUUUAACGCAUUUUUACUGUAAAAAUACAUGGAAGUGUAUGCAUUCCAUAACCAC